AAAUAUAUUUCAGUGUGAGUAUUCCUCAAUAUCAGCAUAAGCUAUGACAAUGUGUGAAUAUUCAACAACCUAAAAAAACUGAAUUACAUCAUGGCUUCACCUUCUAAUGUACCUCCGGCUAGAGCAAGUUUAGCUACUGGACCCCCAGCUACUGUGUCACCAGAGGAAACUAAUUUUCUACGAUUCGUCAAUCUGGUCCUGAAGAGAGCACCAAAGGCCCUGAGGGUCCAUUUUGAUACAGUGCAUCCUCCAAAUAACCUUGUUUCUGUCCUAACAACACAAAGACCUACUCUGUUACGCUUGAAAUCAAGAAAAAUAAUAAACCAGGUUCAGUGGGACACACUUUUUGGAGUUAACAAUCCUGUGUCAAAGGACUUUGAUGUUACACUAUUAAUCUGCCUUUUACGUAACAUGAGUCCCUCUACACCAGCACCAGCAGGAGGAUUCGAUGUUCUACCCAAUUCAUCAGAUGUUAGUACUGGGGCUGACUUAGCAAGAAUUAAGUUCUACAGAAACACAGUGGCCCAUUCGUCAGGUGCAAGAAUGACCACAAAUGAAUUUAAUACUAGCUGGAACGACAUUGAAGGGGCUAUUGGAAGACUUGGAGGUUCUGCAUUACUAAAUGAAGCUCAAACUUUAAGGGUGACCUCAAUCGAUGACUCUGAGAGAGAACUUCUUUUAGAGCAUUUACUGGAAAUAAGACGGCUGAGAUUGGAACGGUUAGAAACGAUACCCUGGAAUGUUAGAGAAUUAAUUGAGGAGAAACUGGAGUCCUGGGAAGAAGAGGAUCAAGUAUUUGUAGAAACGAAAUCAUCCACAGCUGUUGAAAAAUUCAUUAAAGAACACCCAUGUGUUGUGGUGGUCGGUCAUCCAGGAUCAGGAAAGUCAGCCAUCAUUCAUCACAUCGCUCUUAAAAUGAGAAAAGAAGGUUUUUCAGUUAUACCUAUUCAUCGCCCUGGUGAGAUCACGACUUAUCACAACAGAAAAAAUCCUCAAGUCUUUGUUACCGAUGAUCCAUGUGGUGAAUAUACAGUUAAUGAACAUGUUUAUGAAUGGGCUAAGUACUCUGAAGAUAUUAAAAAAUGUCUAAAUUUCAAAGGAAGGGAAAGACAAGUAAAGGCAAAACUUCUUGUUUCCUGUCGGUUAGCAUUGAGCUCAGUUCGCACAUUUAGAAAGAUUAAAAUAUUUUCAAAUUUUAUAUUCAAUUUAGAAAACCAAGAAAAUCAUUUAUCAUUUAUUGAGAAAAAACAAAUUUUGGAAGCUCAUGUUCAGAGCGAACUAGAUUUACCAAAGCAAUUGUUUGAAAAGCAUAUUGAUUGCUUCCCGUUGCUUUGUAAGCUGUAUGUAAAUGCUUGGGCUGAUCCAGAUCGUUUGGUAACUUUUUUUGAUAAUCCUUUCAUUCAGUUGGUUUCGAAGUUUGACUUGAUGAUAGACGAUCCCAAACCAGAAAGCAUUUACGAAUAUUGCUCUCUAGUUUGUUGUUCCCUUUCAGAAGACAAACUUGCUUUAUAUCUAUCUGGAAAGGAAAACUCUGAAGACUUUGGGUGCCUUGAACAAAUUCACAAUGCUUGUGAAGUAGAUCUCAAUCCCUCAGAAUUAUUAUCAGCCGUCAACAGACUUGUUGGAAAGUAUAUCAAACAAAUAGGUCAAAUAUUUUCUGUAAUACAUACAAAACUGCUUGAUAUAAUAGUUUGGCACUUUGGAAAACAAUCACCGGAAACAUUGAUACAUCAUUCACCAUUAGAAAUAUUUCAAAAUAGGCUUAGACCUUUUGGAAGAUUAGAAUGUGAUGAUAAUGAAGAUUUGUUCCUAGUAGAAUUGGACGAAAGUACCUUGACAUCUUAUGUAGAAAGAAUACAGAAAGAUUUAGAACAAGGGAUAGUUCUUGAAGUUUUUGAAAACCCAACUCUGCCAAAAGCACAGAUUGAAUCUUGUCUGUAUUCUUUGUUAGAAGAUAGACAUGUCUUGGAUAAAGCACUAACGAAAACAGGCCGAAGCUUGUCAUCAGGUACAAUAGACUCUAUGAAUUCAUUUUCGAAGAAAGCUCUAUUAGGAAAUAACCGAAUUUCAUUUCAUCAUUUAAUUAUUGCAUACAACUGGUCAACAUUUUUUGAAUAUCUGUUCCAAAUGGAAAAUGAGACUCUCUUUCAAACAUUAUUUGAUCAAAAGGCAUGUUCAAUAUACUUGGCUAUUCUUAGUGAAAAUAUUGAAAUAGUUCAACGGUGCUUUGAUUACUAUAUUCAAAUUUAUGAAAAUGUUCACUAUCUUAUGGAAGAAAUGUUUUCAGAUGAUAAUUGUUUGUAUUGUGACUUUAGUAAAGAAAGCAAAAUCCACGAAGAUCAUUGUCCAAUUGCACGAAUCCCAUUGCCAAUUCUAGUUUGUAUAACGGGAAAAAUAGAAAUAUUGGAAUUCCUUAUCCAAAAGAAAGUCUGCUCUCAGGAAGAUCUUACCUCAAAUGUUCAUUUAAUGGAUGAAAUGGUUUCACCUUUAAUGGUUAGCAGUUUUUAUGGGCAUUGUGAUCUUACUCAUUACUUACUAUCAAAAGGGGCAUCCGUGAAUUUUCAGAAUGAAGUCGGUAUUUCUGUACUCCAUGAAGCAUGUCGGAAUAAUCAUGUUAAUGUAAUUAAAUUAUUACAUGACUUUGGAGCUGAAGUAGAUAUCAAAGAUAACAAUGGUGAGACACCAUUCUACCUAGCAUGCCGAAAUGGUUCAUUGGAAGCUGCAGAUCUUUUGAUUACUCUUGGGGCAAAUUUCAAUUUACAAGACAACCUUGGAUGGACAGCUUUACAUUCAUCUAUUUUUUCUGAGCAGAAAAGAAUGACUCAAUUCCUAAUUGAAAAAGGUUGCGACAUUAACUUAAUUGCUAAUGACGGUGAAACUCUUUUAUCGUUAGCAUGUUCUCUUGGAAAUUGCGAUACCAUCAAGUCGUUACUAGAAAAAGGUAUUAAUAUACAACAUCAACAGAAUUUACUUUUGAAAUCUUGGCAAACUGGAAAUAAAGAUGUCGUUUCUAUGUUAUUGGAACAAGGACUGGAUAUAAAUUAUAGGAAUGAGAUUGGUUUGACAGCACUACAUAUCAGUUGUGCGUAUAACAACCCAGAACUUCUUCAUUAUCUGCUCUCCAAAGGAGCGUGUCCAAACAUUCUUACAAAAGAAAAUCGAACUUCUUUGCAUAUUGCUUCAGAAAAUUUAUCAGAAGAAUGCAUCUCAAUUCUUACAAAACAUGGGGCAGAUAUAAAUGCAUUAGAUAACGAAAAUAAAACAGCUCUACAUUACGUAUGUCGAAAUCCAAUCACUGAACGAUUUUUUACACACGACGCAAGAGGAAAUGACAGUUGUUUCCUUGAGGAACUGAAAGAGUUAACGUACGUUCAACAGCAUGACUUAACUUACUGUCAACAGAAUUCUGCACCAAAUGUUAUUACAAUUAAUACAUCGGAUAUUACCAGAUAUAUAGAAUACUGUCAGUGUAACGCAAGAUUAAUUGAGAAAAUUGAAAGGAUAGUCGAUAUACUUAUACAAACUGAUAUCGAUAUAAACAUCGCUGACAAAGAUGAUUUAACUCCCUUACCUAUUGCUUUUUUUGGGAAUUUUUCAAAGGUCAUCGAAAUGCUUUUGAAAAACAAUGCAGUUGUAAAUUUGGUGGACAAAGAUGGACAAACACCUUUACAUAUGGCUUGCAUCAAUGGAAAUUUAAAGGUUUUGAUGUUACUUAUACAAAAAGGAGCAAAUGUGAAUAUUGCAGACAAGACCGGAUCUAUAUCGCUACAUAUCGCUGCACAGAACAACGAUAUUGAUAUACUUUCUUGUUUAAUUUCUAAUGGGGCAAAUGUGAAUCAACAGGACCACCAAGGUUUAACACCACUUCACAUUUCUUGUUACAGUGGCGAUAUAGAUAUUGUUAAGGAACUGUUAAAGUCUAAUGCAGAUGUCAAAAUGCAUUCCAAAGGUGGGGUUAAUCCUCUAACGGUUUCAGUUGCAAACGGCUACUAUCAUAUAUCGGACGAAAUUCUAAAAGAAGGUGUUCACAUACUUGAUAUGAAUUUUUUGCAUUUGUUACAAUCUGUCCAGUGUAAAUCGAAUAUUUGCCAAAUUUUGGACAGGUACAGUGAUGUCCUUACGUACCGAAGUAGUGAUGGACAGUCACUUCUGCACAUAGCAAUAUUGGAAAAAAUACACAAUGGGCUAAUGUUCUUCUCUCUAAGGAGAAUUUUACUAAAGUGUUAGUCAACGAAGGACAU